UCUUUAGUAACAACUUAAUAUGAUAUUAUUUAUAUUACAUUUUAUAAUAAAAUAAUUUAUUUACAGACGACGACACAGAAGCAGAACAAACAUCUGGAAAUUAUGAAGUCAGUCGUGGUGAUAUUAUGUACACCGCGCCGUCAACUAGUCGAAGUAGCAGACGACAAUCUACAGUAAAUUACAGAAUUAGUGAGUCUUCGAAUGAAGAGCCAUUUUCACCACCGGUAUCUGAAUAUUUACCAAGUUCGAGUCCUAGUCCGAUAGCAGACUUAGGCAAUACUUUACCAUCUUCAAUAUUGAAUGACUUCGAUUUUAGUUUGAGAGAUUGCUUAGGUAAUUCUACACUUUUCUCUACUCCAAUUUCCACCACUCAUAAUGAUUUAAUUUUUAUAGCGUCACCUACAGUCGUUUUUAUAUCUAAUCCUCAAAAAACAAUUUCUAUGGGUAACAAAGACAGUUAUGAAAAUUUAGCGGUAUCAUCAGGAAAUUACAUAGAAGGAGUUAAUCCUUUGCCGAAUGAUGCCGAUCUUGAACCCGUAUCCACGUUCUGGUAUAAUGCACCACUUCCUGAAAAGAGCAUAACUGCCGCAGAACCUGAAACAGAACCUACAUUUACUAGCCCUACAAGAACUCUGCUGACUCUUGAAAGUACUACGGUCAUGCUUCGUGAAGCAGAGCCUGCAUCCAUAGCAUGUCGCGACGAAUAUCCGUUAGUUGAACAUAAUACUGCUGCAGAACCUGAAAAAGAACUUACAUCUACAAGUCUUGCAAAAACUCCACCGACUCUUGAAAAUACCCCGGCUAUACUACCUGAAGCAGAACCUACAUCCAUAACAUGUUAUAACGACGAAACUCUUCCAGUUGGACAUAAUACUCUCACAGAACCUGAAACAGAACCUACAUCUACAAGCCCUGAUAGAACUCCACCGGUCUCUUCAAUUGCCACAGCUAUAGUUCCUCACUCAGACCCUCCAAUCAUAGCCUGCCACGUUGAAACUCUACCAGCUGGAUAUAAUUCCACCACAGAACCUGAAGCAACGAAUUCUCGUCCAGUGUUAGUAACUGAAGCUAAUAUAAAUCCUAGAAAAAGAAAGCGUAAUCCCGAAAAAUGGUCUCAAACACAAAAAAAAAUCAAAUUAAAUACAGGUCAACAGCCUCAAAAACAGAUGCAAGAGCCUUGCAAGUGUAAGCUUAAAUGCUUUGAAAAAAUACCCAGCGACAGGAGGUUGGUAAUAUUUAAGCAAUUUUGGGCUUGUGGUAACCAUGAAACUCAAUGGCAAUUCAUUUUGAAAAACACUGAGAUUAUAGAACCUAAAGUUAUGAAAAUUCAGCGUAAGCGUGAACGAAAUCGUACACUGGUUUAUUAUUUGCCGUCAAAAAACGAUGUAUGCCUUGUGACUAAUUUGAAAGUGUGCAAAACUAUGUUUCUUAAUACGCUAGGUAUUAAAGAAAGAACAGUUUACACUGCCAUUGAUAAGUAUGCUAAUGGGGACCAAAUAACAGACCUUCGAGGAAAACAUACCAAUAGACCUCAUAGAACAGCCAGCGAAACAGAACAGAGUGCAAUUCAACAUAUUCAGUCCUUUCCUUGUAUCGAAUCUCACUAUCUUAGACAAAAUUCCAGCCGUCAAUAUUUGUCACAAGACUUAAAUAUCUCAAAAAUGCAUCGUUUGUACAAAGAUUGGAUAUCAGAAAAUGAAAACUUUCGUAAUACUAAAGUGGCAAGCGAAUAUCAAUAUAAUCAAAUAUUUAAUACACAUUUUAACCUUUCUUUUUCCGGCCGAAGAAGGAUUUGUGCAAUUUAUGUAGCAAAUACGACAAUUCAACUGAAGAAGGUAAAUUACAACUGA